AUGACAGUUGAAAAUUCUGACAAUGUACCACUUGCCAUUGCUUUAGUGUUGGGCGCUGGAGCCUCCACUGGCCUGGGAGCUGCCGUGGUAUUUUUCCCCAGUCUGGUCAUGAUUGCCUCUCGAAAAGUCUUGGGAGGCUCAUUGGGUUUCUCGGCGGGUGUCAUGAUUUACGUUUCCUUUGUGGAAAUUAUGGGCAAGUCGGUCAUUGCCUUUAAAGAUGGUGGUUAUGAUGCUAACAAGGCUCAGAUGUUUGCUGCUGGUGGCUUCUUUGGCGGUGUCAUUAUCAUGAUGAUUCUAAACAAGAUAGUAUCCUCCCUUUUGGGAGAUGUCAAUACCCGUGGACAACCUGGACCAGUCAGUCCCACACCAGUGGCCAAAACCAUGAGGGAAUCCGACAGCAAGGACGAUGAUGAUGAAGAACAACCAGCUGUCGAAAAGGUUGAAAUUGAUGGGGUAGAAAUUGAAGUCGACGAUGAUUUCGAAGACAAUCUUCCUUUGCCAAACCAAGGAAAUAAUGACGAUGAUGAUGCCGAUUCCAAAGGAGAGGGCGAAAUGGACGAAGACGAACGAAAAAAACUGGUCGCCAUGGGAAUGAAUACAGCACUGGCCAUCGGACUGCACAACUUUCCGGAAGGUCUAGCCACAUUUGUGGCGGCGGUGAAUGAUCCAGCCAUUGGUUUGGUAUUGGCCGUUGCCAUUGCAAUUCACAACAUUCCAGAAGGUUUAUGUGUGGCACUGCCGAUCUAUUAUGCGACUGGAAGUCGUCUAAAAGCUUUUCUGUGGGCCUUGUCAUCGGGCGCCUCCGAAGUGGUUGCCGCUCUGCUCGGGUGGGCUGUCUUGGCUUCGGCCGUCGACGAUGUCACGUAUGGAAUCUUGUUUGCCGUUGUGGCGGGGAUGAUGGUGAUUAUUAGUGUGCGAGAACUCUUGCCAACGGCUCAUCACUACGACCCAGAAGAUAGAGUGGUAUCCCAUGCUUUUAUCCUGGGAAUGAUGCUCAUCGCAAUAUCUCUGGUUCUCUUCCUAGUUUAA